AUGGACGCGGGACUAAUAGGGACAGAUAACGAAGGUCAGAAUUACGUUUCUAUUUGUCGAGGUUUUGCAUAUGUAGGUGAAAAAUUGGAGAGUUAUACAAAAGAAGGAUUAGACAAAACGUAUCAAAACAUUUAUAAAACAUUAGCUGGUCAUCCUCCAUGCAAACAAGAGUGCAGUAGAAUUUAUAGAGGUCAGUUUACGAAAUGGUGCAAAACGUGCAAUAGUUGGAGAAAUCUACUGCUUAAAACAAGAAAAUCACAAAAUGUUUCUUGGGAAUAUACUCAGUCUUGGAAAUGGCCAAACGGAUACGCAAACAUCGUUGAAGUUUAUAUUCCACCCGCAUGGCAAAACGGGCAAAAUGAUUUCCUUAACAUUAAAGAUAUAUCUACUGCAUGUUAUAUCUGGGAAAAUUGUUCACAACAGUUUCAUGUAAAACCAUUCAUUAUAAAGAAUAUCCGACAAUUCAGAAAUCAAUACUUUGCCCAUAACACUUCUCUAAAAGCAUCAGACUUAGAGAAAAGAAAAGUUUUCGAUGUUUUAAAGGAUUUGUUGCAAAAUCCAGAUGUACAAGGUCAUAUUAAUGUACAAAAUUGCAUCAAAGACCUUUCAGAUAUUGAGCAGGGAUACAAGAUAGAAAAAUGGAUGACUGAAGUUGAAAAUCUUUUAAAACAGCAAGAUUCGAUAAUCCAAAUACUUGCAUCAAAUUUGAAACAGCAUAAUAGCAAUCUGAAUAUAAGUCUAGGAGACAUUCAAGAAGGACAGGAUUACUUGAUUCAAGGGCAAGAUGAUUUACGAACAGAUGUUGAAAACAAUAAACACGAUUUAACACUAGUCAGGAGUGACAUGACCAGAUUAUUUCAAAAAAGCGAUUCAUUCAAAUUCACCAGUUGGUAUGCCUGGACGCAUUUUCGAAUGAGCAAAAAAAUGAUUGCAGUUGGGAUUCUAGUCACUAUAUUUUUGCUGAUGAAUUUUGUCUUAAAGGACGAACGUCAUGAUCAAGGAUGCAUGUCUGAACAGUAUUAUGUACCGUUUCCUCAAGAUCUUCCGCUCCUGGGGUAUCUGAAUGAGCACAAGUCAAUUGUAGAUCGCAGAUGGCUAAUUAAAAGUUUGGAGGACGAUCUAUUCAAUUCAAACAACAGUAAAUAUCAUGGAACAGUAAUUGUUGCCGAAAUGGGAUACGGUAAAUCUGCAUUUUUUUCAACAUUGUUAUGUCGGGGAUCAAUGGAUAUGACCAAAAGUAUUCAUAAACACAUUGUUGCAUUUCAUGUGUGCAAGUUUGAUGUGAGAAGCACUCAUUUCCCAGAACGAUUUAUACGCAGACUUGUUGGAUUCUUUGCAAAAAAGAGUGCAGAAUAUGGAAAUAAAGUCUUAAUGUUGCCUGAGAGCCACAUUUUGUUUCACAGAGAUAGUUGUAACAAAGAACCCGAAGCUUGUUUUGACCAAGGCGUAACUAUACCACUGAAACAGUUAUCUAGUGUUUCAGAUACACCAUGGAUUGUUUUAAUAGAUGCAAUUGACGAGUGUGAGAGCUCUGGGAGUAAUCAGGUAUUAGACCUUUUGUCAAAUAGAAUACAGCAGCUUCCAAUAUGGCUGAAAUUUCUUAUUACUUCUAGAAAUGUCACAAAUCUAAAAUUGCUCAGAAAAAUGAAGUUUGAAUAUUUGUACUCAAAUGACUCAAGAAAUAUAGAGGACUUAAGGUUUUUUAUUCAACAAUCAUUUCCCAAAAACACUAAAUAUGACAUUAUUAACAAACUUGUCCAUAAAAGUGAAGGAAACUUCAUUUAUAUCAUCCAGGCUUUAAAAUGGAUUAUCGAUAACAAAGAUAAUGAAAACGUCCCUGACAUUCCUGCAGAUUUAGACGAUAUUUAUGAUAUCAAUUUUGGUAGACAGUUUGGUAAAACAUCUUAUAGUGUUCAAAAAUUAAUACUUGAGAUCAUUUGCUCGACGAUGAACCCUGUUUCAAAAUCAGAAAUUUUUGCCAUUCUUAAAUUUUCAAACAUUUCAUUGACAAUAGACGAGUUUGACCUGUAUUUUAAGUCCUUAAGCUUCUUCCUAAGAGAAGGUGAAGAUGUUGGCAUAUCUCACCAAGCUUUAUAUUUUUGGCUUAUUGAUAAAAACAAUGAAAAUUAUCGAAUUUCACUUAAGAAUGGCCAUACUCUGAUAUCUAAAUAUUUGUUUAAUGAAAUUGCUGACAAAAAUAAGAAGAAUAUUGUUGAUUUAGCGAUUCAUGUUGCAAACUCUGCCGAUAUUUCUUUAACAAAAAUGUUUCUGUCUUCAAUGUUUUUGAUGAGUAACGAGGAACUAGAGGAGCCUCUUUUACAUAAAUUGAUAUGGAGAACGCCAUGUGUUGAGGCACUAGAGUUAUUGACAAAUCAUUUCCCUGAUGUAAAUGCUCUUAACGAAGGAAAUGUUACACCGUCAUUUGUGGCAGCAGCGAAAGGACAUACUGACCAGUUAAAACUUUUACAUAGCAAAGGUGCAAAUUUAAAUUUUAUCGUCACAGGUCGAAUGUUGAUUCAUUCUUAUGAUGUAUUCAGUAAGCUAGAAAUGAUGAAGCUGUACUAUUAUUCAGGAUAUAGUUUGUUACAUAUUGCAUCGCAACAUGGUCAUAUUUCAGCUGUCAUGUAUAUUUUGGCAAACAACCAUUCUUUGGUUUAUGUGAAAAAUACUUUGGGUUUGAAUGCUGGCCACGUUGCAUGUGAGAAUGGACAUUUAAAUGUAGUCAAACAAAUGAGAAGUCUUCAUACUAAAACAUUCUUCUAUGAAUGUAUGUAUUAUGCGUCUAAACAUAAUCAUAAGCAUAUUGCAGAAUGGCUUGCUUCAAAUGGAUUUACGUUUGAAUGUAUUUCCAACCAGCGUUCCUUUGAAGCUUUUCAAAACGUUACAAAGAAAGGUAAUUUUCAUUUAUUUGAGCAUGGAAUUGGUAAAUUUCCGAAUGAUUUUAUUACAUCAAAGCUUAUUGUCCCAUUAGAUAUUUGGUGGAUUGUUUUUAAACAUAAUCCACUUAUGAUAGCAAUUAAAACUGGUUCAAUAGAUGUGGCUAAAUAUUUACUAAAUACUUUUGAUAAAGCACGCAAGUGUUAUGAUGCAUUUGGGUAUACAGCAGCGCUUGCUAGUGUUCGCUUUAACCGUACUGAACUAUUCCCACUACUAAACGACGAAAUAGAAUCAGACAAAUGUGGAAAAAUUCCAAACCAUCUAGAACAUACAGAGCCAAUGCAUACUUUCAUAGAUACUUUUUUAUCGGACAGAUGUCCUAAAGGUGGGUCACUAUCACAUGUUGUAGCUUUAUAUGCUCCAGAUUACCAAAUUUAUUCGCAUAUUAUCAGGAAUAGCCUCGAUGUGAACUGGAACCAUCCCGAUAGCUUUGGAAAUUACCCGAUUCAUUAUGCCACUGCAAACCGAAAUUUUGUUUUCAUUCUUUUGUUUAAUCAAGGAACAUUUUCAUCUGAAAGUAAUUUUCUUUCAUUGACAGAUACAUUGGCUUUAAAUGGCUCAACUGCUUUUCACACUUCUGCUAUAUCUGACCAAUACCUAAGCAUGUAUUGCCUUACUGAUUAUUUCAAGAAGCCAGUUCCAGACAUAAAAGACUACAACGGACGUGGGAUAACACAUUAUUUAGUAUUAAAAGAGUUUGGUAGUAUUGUUAGCAGUCUAGAAAUGGAAUUGCAUGUGCAGUCAUUACUUACUCUCCGCUAUUUGCUAGAUAAAUCAAAUCAUUCUGUUACGGCGCGUGACAGUUUUGGUAGGAACAUAUUGCAUUAUAGUUUGAAAAACGGUCAUUACCAAGUAGCGUUACACUUACUUAAACAUCAGACGACGAACUUUUACUCUAUGUUAACAGAUGUAGAUAACGAAGGAAAUAAUCCGUUUGACUUUGCUCUGAAGAAGUACGAAAGAAAGAAUUACGUUAUGAUGUUACCAGAACAUGAUUGGUUUUCUGACAUAUACGUCAAGUCCGCAAAUAUCAAAUCGGAAGACUUCCCAGACAUAAUGUCAUCAUGGGAGCUUACAAUGCAAUACUUAAUAUCAAUUUUUUCUGCUCAAGAAUACCACCUCUUUGUUGAGCCAAAUUUGAAGUUUAUAAUGGAGAAAAGUCCUUAUCUUCUAACUGCUGUAUUGUCAUAUCAUAAAUAUGUAAAUGUGAAAAGGUUACAACGUCUGCUAGUUGAAAGUCACGUCAAUCCUCUUACAUUCUAUAUGCAUUUUGUUGUUGCUGACCUUAAACCUUUAGCAUUCAUUUCAUGUAACCAACCACUAUCAUUGUCACCUUUGCAUUAUGUAUUACUUACGCAUAAUCACAACGAUUCAGUAUUUCAUUUACAUCAUGACGACUUGCAUUUUUUUCUUUACAUGAUUUUCCGACAAAAUAUAAAAUCUUAUGCGUUUGAAUGUCCUGAUAAAAACGGAUUUAACAUACUUCACUAUUCUUUAAUCGGUGGUAAUGUUCAAUCAGCCAGAAUACUCAUGGGAGAAAAUAUUACCGUAACAAACGAAUAUGUAACUUUAAAAGAUGUUUUCUUGAUGACUAUGCAAGGUCGUAUAAAAAGCAACCAACUUAAUUAUAUCAAAUGUUUUGAGCACCCAUCCAGUCAAACGCAGGAAAAAUGUACAGAUAAGUUUCUAGUAGAAUUGGUUAAUGCGAAAAGGAAAUCGUUAAAUUAUAACUUCUUCUGUUUAAAUAAAACCAAAGAAUUAUCUCUUGUGCAUUUGUUUGCAAUUAAUGGAAUGUCUCUAACGAUAGCAUCUAUUGCACAAUUGUUUGGGAAUGAAAUGUUGAAUUGUCAAAAUACAGACCGAUUUACCCCCUUGUAUUUUGCAAAACUCUUCCGCCAAUAUGACAUUGCAUCUUUGAUUGGUGAGCAUUACGGUUUUAAGCGCCCAACUGUCCAGGCAGAAGAAUGGUUAAUUUGGUCUUUGUUGAAUAGGUUCCCACAAACAAAUGUUAUAGAACCAUUGUUUCAUUUUUCAAAUUCUUUGCCCCUUUCACCAUAUUCUUCAAGGCACAUUUUGAAAGGUUCAGUUUUUGUUUUCAAUUGUUUUAAUGAUUCAUCAUUAAUAGGUUUCGUAGAUUAUUCACGAAUUUGUGAUCAUGUAAUAGGUAAGCUUUUAUCGUCCGAUAUACCGAAUAUCUUAUCUGAUAUACAUCUUUUGGAAUCAUUUUACUUAAAAAAUGUAUCAAUUUCUUGUAAUUCUGGGCAAGCUUUACUUAUACACAACCAAAAAAUGUUUCAAAGAACCAUAACAAUUAUUUCAUCUAUGCAAUAUAUAGAAAACGGAUGUGACCUUUCUAAAAGGCUUUUGAGACCAUUUCUUGUCAAAUGUUACCAAGUGAAUAAGUUACUAACACAGUUGAAAACUAGAACAGUCAGUGAUUGUGAAAACAAACCUAGUUUCAAUCUGGAGAGAGCGAUAAACUAUCAGUUGAUAGUUUCAGCAAGGAAGUUAUGCUUAAAACUCCAUAGAUUGUAUGAAAGUGUAGCUAUUUCAUUUCUGAUACAGUAUGGAAAAACAUUUAAAAUUCGACUACCAGAAUCAUACAAAUUUAUACAUUUAAGAAUGACAGCACUUAAAUUUAAUGCUCAAAAAUAUUUUAUGCCUUUAUCAAAACUUCAUCCACUUAUUGCUAUAAAUGACACUUCUGUAUAUAGGCAUAGAUAUCUGAACAUAGUAAAGUCAACAAUCGCUUAUAAACAUUUAAAACGUCAGCUUGCAGCAGAAAGAUUCUCUUAUCAGCCUAAGAUUGAAUUCCAUGUUAUUGAGCAUAUCCUAUUAAAAGGGCCUUUUCAAGAUUUAGAAUAGUUAAAGCAACAUAAAGUAACUUUACAAUAAGAAUUAAAAACAUGACGAAAUUUAUUAUGCCCCUACUUCAAAGAAGAGGGGGUAUAUUGCUUUGCAUUUGUCGGUCCGUCGGUCCGUAGACCAAAUGGUUUCCGAGUGAUAACUAAAGAACGCUUAAAGACCCGUAGAUGACCCCUAUUGAUUGGUCAUGACCAGCAGAUGACCCCUAUUGAUUUUGGGGUCAAGGGGUCAAAGGUCAAUGUCACAUUGACCUUGUAGGUGAAAACGGUUUCCGAUCAAUAACUAAAGAACGCUUAGGCCUAGGAACUUCAAACUUGGUAUGGUGAUUGGUCAUGACCAGCAGAUGACCCCUAUUGAUUUUGGGGUCAAGGGGUCAAAGGUCACAUUGACCUUGUAGGUGAAAACGGUUUCCGAUCAAUAACUAUAGAACGCUUAGGCCUAGGAACUUCAAACUUGGUAUGGUGAUUGCUCAUGACCAGCAGGUGACCCCUAUUGAUUUUGGGGUUAAGGGGUCAAAGGUCAAGGUCACAUUGACCUUGUAGGUAAAAACCGUUUCCGAUCAAUAACUAAAGAACGCUUAGGCCUAUGAACUUCAAACUUAGUAUGAUGAUUGGUCAUGACCAGCAGAUGACCCCUAUUGAUUUUGGGGUCAAGGGGUCAAAGGUCAAGGUCACAUUGACCUUGUAGGUAAAAACGGUUUCCGAUCAAUAACUAAAGAACGCAUAGACCUAGGAAUUUUAAACUUGGUAUGUUGAUUGGUCAUGACCAGCAGAUGACCUCUAUUGAUUUUGGGGUCAAGGGGUCAAAGGUCAAUGUCACAUUGACCUUGUAGGUAAAAACGGUUUCCGAUCAAUAACUAAGGAACGCUUAAGCCUAGGAACUUCAAACUUGGUAUGAUGAUUGGUCAUGACCAGUAGAUGACCCCUAUUGAUUUUGGGGCCAAGGGGUCAAUGUCAUAUUGACCUUGUACUUAAUAACGGUUUCUUACCAAUAACUCAACCAUCUCGAGGUGCCUUGGUUGAUAUUUUUAUAUUAAACUAAAAAUGUUUUGGUAUACACAUUUGAAGGUCUUAUGUAAUAUAACAACUUGGCUGUCAUUAAUGAGGCCUACAUGAUUCAUAAAUUUAAUGCAAGAUUUGUAAUAACUUAAAUUGCUGCACACAACUUAUGGGGUCACAAUAAUUAUUACCUUGUGACUAGUCAUGACCAGUAGAUACUAGAUAACCCUUAUUGUUUGUUCACUGGGUCAGAAGUCAUGCAUAAUAACCUGAUCACAUGACUAAUUGGCUGCCGAUAGGGGGCAUACAUGUUUUACAAACAUAUCUUGUUGCCAAUAUUAAUUCAUCAGUAAUUUUUAGCUCACCUGUCACAAAGUGACAUGGUGAGCUUUUGUGAUCGCUUUUCGUCCGGCGUCCGUCCGUCGUCCGUAAACUUUUACUUUAAAUGACAUCUCCUCAUAAACCGCUGAGCCAAUUUCAUCCAAACUUCACAGGAAUGUUCCUUUGGUGGUCACCUUUAAAAAUUGUUCAAAGAAUUUAAUUCCAUGCAGAACUCUGGUUGCCAUGGCAACCGAUAGAAAAAACUUAAAAUAUCUUCUUUUAAAAAACCGAAAGAGGUAGAGCUUAGAUAUUUGGCAUUAAACAUCUUCUAGUGAGUGUCUAUCAAGUUUGUUCAAAUAAAAGCCCUGGGGUCAAAAUUGGCCCCGCCCCGGGGGUCAUUGAUUUUCCCUAUAUGCAUAUAGUAAAAACUUAUAAAUUCUUCUAUUAAAGAACCCAAAGAGCUAGAGCUAAGAUAUUUAGCAUGAACCAUGUUCUAAUGGGUGUCUACCAAAUUUGUUCAAAUAAGAGCCCUGGGGUCAAAAUUUGCCCUGCCCCGGGGGUCAUUGAUUUUCCCUAUAUGUGUAAAGCAAAAACUUUAAAUUAAAAAUUCUUUGAAAAAAAACAACAAAUAGCUAGAGUUUAGAUACUAAGCAUGAAACAUCUUCUAGUAAAUGUCUACAAUGUGUUUUCAAAUAAAAGCCCUUGGGUCAAAAUUGCCCUGCCCAGGGGGUCAUUGAUUUUAUUAAUGGUAAGCAAAAACUUAAAAAAACUUCUUUGAAAAAACCCAAAUAGCUAGAGUUAAGAUAUUUAGCAUGAAACAUCUUCCAGUUAGUGUCUUCAAAGUUUGUUCAAAUAAAGCCCUAGGGUCAAAAUUGGCCCUGCUCCGGGGGACAUUGAUUUUCCUUAUAUCUGUAUAGCAAAAACUUAAAAAUCUUCUUUAAAAAAAACAGAAUAGCUAGAGUUUAGAUAUCAAGCAUGAAAAAUCUUCUAGUGAGUGUCUCCAAAGUUUGUUCAAAUAAAAGCCCUGGGGUCAAAACUGGCCCCGCCCUGGGUUUCAUUGCUUUUAACUAUAUGUGUAUAGUUAAAACUUAAAAACAUCUUUUUUUAAAAAAACUCAACGAGCUAGUCCUUAGAUGUUUAGCGUGAAAUAUCUUCUAAUGGGUGUCUACCAAGUUUGUUUAAAUAAAAGCCCUGGGGUUUAAACUGGCCCCGCCCUGGGGGCCUAUAUACAGGUGAGCGACUUCAGGGCCAUCAUGGCCCUCUUGUUUUCUUACUCAUCAUGACCUUAAAAUUUAUCGUUAUAAAUAGAAUAUAUGUCAACGUGCUUUGAACUGAAAAUUUUUUAUUUCCAGAAAAUAUAUAUAUUCUGUGCUAGAAAUGAAUGAUAAUUUUGUUAAUAAGUAAAUAUUAACAUUCUGAUAUUUUGUUAAAGUUGUCUAUAAAUGCAGUUUUAGCUAAGCCGUAUUAUACCUUUCAGGAUUUGAUUUUUAUACGCCCGUCCACUUUUGUCGGGGGCAUAUCUCCUACAAGCAUGGCGAGAUUUUGAUGAAACUUCAUAGAAAUGUUCACCACUAUGAGGCAUGAACAAAGUCUCUAGAUCAAAGAUCACAUAUAGAGAUCAGUGAAAAAUGCUUGUCGGGGGCAAAACGUCUGCAUGCAUUGAGGGAUUUCAAUAUUACUUCGCAAAAAGGUUCUCCGUUGUGAGGUUGAGUGUCGUGCACCAAAUUCAGGUUCCAGCGGCUAAGGUCAAGGUCACAAUUAGGGGUCAAAGUUCAAAUAAAAUUAUGAAAAUAUGUAUAGAGACCAUUUAGUUAUCAUUUAUUGACAUAAUAUAUGAAACUUCAUAGAAAUGUUCACCACUAAUAGAAGUUGUGUCCAGGCCCAAGAAGUAUGAACCAGGUCUGUAGGUCAUAGGUCAAGGUCACUCUUAGAGUCAUUGAAAAGGGCUUGUCUGAAGCGAGAUUUCUACAUGCAUAGAGGGAUUUCAAUUUUACUUCGCACAAAUGUUCACCAUUGCAAGGUGGAGUGUUGCGCGCAAAAUUCAGGGAAUGUCAAGGUCAUAGCUCAAAUAAAAAUAUGAAAAUGUGUAUUCCGACCAUUUAGUUAUCAUUAAUUGAAGGACUAAAUAACACAGAUGGACAUUAUCAUGACCAGAUCUGUGGCACUUGUAAUCUAGGUCAAUAUAUGCCAGGUCAAGGUUACAGAAGAUGAUGAAAUAUCCAGAUAUUGUCCAGAGCAUAUCUCCUACACGCAUGGAGGGAUUGUUAUGGAGCUUCAUAGAUAUGUUCACCACUAUGAGAAGCUAUGUCACGCACAUGAACCCGGUCUUCAAGUCAAAGGUCAAGGUCACACUAAGAGGUCUUUGAAAAAGGCUUGUCCGGAACAAAAUUUCAAAGGUCACACAUAUAGGUAAUUGUAAAACGCUUGUCUUGAGCAAAAUUUCUACAUGCAUGGAGGGAUUGUAAUUUUACUUGGUACAAAUGUUCAUCAUUUUUCAAGGCAAAUAUAUUAGGGUUAUUGCGGCUUAGGUCACGCAUAGGGGUCAAAAUUCAGAUAAAAAUGUGAAGAUGUGUAUAGGGACCAUUCAGUCAUCAUUUAUUGAGGGAUUUUAACACAAUUGGUUAUUAUCAUGACAACCGCUAUGGCACUUGCAAUUUAGGUCAAUUUAUGCAAGGUCAAGGUCACUAAAGAUCAUAAAAUAUCUGGAUUUUUUCUGGAGUAUAUCUUCUAGAUGCAUGGAAGAAUUUUUAUGAUACUUUAAAGAAAUGUUUACCAUCCCUUAAUGUAUUGCUUCUUCAUACAUGGUGAAGUUUAAAUGUCAAUGUGUUACAGUUAGAGCUUUAUUCACGCA